AUGAGGGCAACAGGAGAAAAAAGGGUUCUACAACUUCAUGAGCUAGAUGAGUUUUGUUUGGAUUCAUAUGAGAAUGCAAAGAUUUACAAGGAAAAGACUGAGAGAUGGCACAACAGACAUAUAAGGGAGAAGGAGAUUGAGGUCGGUCAGCAAGUAUUGAUGUUCAAUUCACACCUCAAGCUCUUUUCAGGAAAGCUAAAGUCUAGGUGGUCGGGUUCAUUCACAGUAGUAGCUGUGUUUCCACACAGCAAAUUGGAAAGAAUUGCCGAAGAUUUGCUUAUAGAAACUCUUCUCAUGUUGUCUGUGAAAUCUUUGAUUCGAUUUAGAUGUGUUUCUAAAACUUGGAGAGAACUCAUAAGGAGCACCAAGUUCAUUGCCAUGCAUUUGGAACAUGACAAAGAUGAAAUAGUCGUCAUCUGCAGUUACAUGCAAAAAGAGAACCAACAUAUGAUCUCCUUGCAUUCAAAUGAGGAUUCUCUUAGCCAAGUAUCAACAAAUGUGAGAAUUCCAUAUUUUGAUGCGCGAACACAACUGCAAAUUUUGGGUCCAUGCAAUGGUUUGAUUUGCAUUACUAAUUAUUACACCAUCAUGCUGUGUAAUCCCGUCUUACAAGAAUUUUGCUUAUCCCCCGAUUGUCCUUUUCCUUGCUCGCAUGGUUUUAGACCGAUAGUAUUCGGGAUGGGGUUUGGCUUCGAUCCAUGUACUAAUGACUACAAAGUUUUUAGAAUGUUGGAAGUUGUAAAUAAUGAUGAGGAUGAGUAUUGGAACGACAACGGCCCCAAAUAUGAGAUAUACAAUUUAAGUACUGAUUCCUAG